UAGUUUUCAAGCGUGAUGUAUUCCAGCGGCCUGUUGUUCAUUAUCAGUUUGAUGUUGUUUCAUCUCGUACAUGGACAGAACGACAGCUGCCUAACGCCCAACGCACAGAAUGGCAUCUGCAUCGUGUACGUAAACUGUGACUUCAUACUGCAGCUGCUGAUCCGUAACGCUAAUCUGCGCGAUCCAGCGAUCGAGAACUAUGUGGCACAGUCAGUCUGUGGCUACAGCGAUGUAACACCGAUGGUUUGCUGUCCAACGUUCAGGUUCGCUCACCAAGACUCAAACACGACAUCCAGCUUCACCAAUCCACCAACCGUUACUACCGCACCCGGGUCCUUCUUUUUCGCGGCCGUUUCAUCCUCUGGAGCUGGUUCUAGCACUGCUGGCCCAACUACCGUAACGCCCAGCAGCACCGGCUCGAACCGGCUCCCAACGAACGAUGUCGACCGUUGUGGCAUGUCGAACGGGACGCACACGCGUGUAGUCGGCGGUGUCGAUGCGCAGCUAAACGCUUGGCCAUGGAUGGCAGCACUUGGCUAUCGAUCGACCUCGUUCGAGCUAAACGCCGGGCCACGGUUUCUGUGCGGUGGUACGCUGAUCACCACCCUGCACGUCCUGACCGUGGCACACUGCAUCCAGACGGCGCUGUACUUUGUACGGCUCGGGGAGCUCGAUAUCACAUCCGACCAGGACGGUGCCAACCCGGUAGACAUCUACAUACAGCGCUGGGUGGUGCACGAGCGUUACGAUGAGAAAAAGAUCUACAACGAUAUUGCGCUGGUGCUGUUGCAGAAAUCCGUCACCAUUACGGAGGCAGUCCGGCCGAUCUGUUUGCCGGUGGAAGCGAAACAGCGCACCAAGGAUCUAACCUAUUACGCACCGUUCAUUGCCGGGUGGGGAGCGGUCGGGUACAACGGGCCGACCGCUGCCCGCCUGCAGGAGGCCCAGGUGGUCGUGCUUCCGGUUGACCAGUGUGCGUUCAACUACAAGCUGUACUUUCCCGGGCAGAUCUUCGAUGACACGGUGCUGUGUGCUGGUUUCCCCCAAGGGGGCAAAGACUCCUGCCAAGGAGAUAGUGGCGGUCCGCUAAUGUUGCCCGAGCUCUCGUCCAACGGCCAGUACUACUACUACACCCUCAUCGGACUCAUCUCGUACGGAUACGAAUGUGCGCGGGCUGGGUUUCCGGGGGUGUACGUGAAAGUGACCGCGUAUCUUCCCUGGAUCGAGGCGAACCUCAACUUCUCCGGCCGAUCUUGCUAUACCCCGAACGGUCAGAUAGGCGUGUGUCAGGUGUUCCAGUACUGUGCCUCCCUGAUCCAGUUGUACCAGUACAACAGGAACCAGGAGACGGUAAACUUCCUGCUCGCUUCCCAGCGCAGCUGCGGCAAUCGCAACUUUAACGGCAGCCCAGUGCUCUGCUGCAGCGACGGCGUGCAGUACGAUCCCACUACAACCUCGUCUCCUUUUGUAGAGGUAACGACAGCUCCUCCGACCACGCUGGCACCGCUCCGUACGGCCGACUGCAUCGGGCCGGACAAUCGCGAAGGAUACUGCAUAAAUAUUCGAAGCUGCCCGGAUGUGUUGAAUGAGUUCGUCCAGCGUCAGCGCGACCCACAGUACGUGCAGUACAUCCGCCAGUCGAAUGCCGUGUGCAACUACAUCCAGCCAAACGUGUGCUGCCCGCUGCAGAAGUCAGCUCCGCCUGCACCACCGACCGCACCACCUACUGCACCACCUACUGCACCACCGACGGCUCCUCCGCCACCGCCACCAGCACCUGUCACCCAGGCUCCACCCGCACCAGCGCCGUCCAGCGGGCCGGCUGAGUUGCUUACGCCGGAAACGGGCUGCGGAUACAGCACGGUGCAGCACAACCGUGUGGUUGGCGGUGUUCCGGCCGAACUGAAUGGAUGGCCCUGGAUGGCGCUGGUCGGGUAUAAGAAUACGCUCGGCGAGGUUUCGUUCAAGUGUGGCGGUUCGCUCAUUACCAAGCGCCACGUACUGACGGCGGCUCACUGUAUUCGGCGCGAUCUGUCGUCGGUUCGAUUGGGUGAGCACGAUACGUCCACCGAUGCGGAAACGAAACACAUCGACGUACCCGUCGUUCGCUACGAAUCUCAUCCAUCGUAUGACAAAAAGGACGGACAUACCGAUUUGGCCGUGCUGUACAUGGAGUUUGAGGUGCAGUUCAGUGAUGCGAUCAAGCCCAUCUGUCUGCCCUUGAGCGAGACGAUCCGCAGCAAAAACUUCAUCGGCUACACCCCGUUCGUGGCGGGCUGGGGACGCACCCAGGAGGGUGGUAAGUCGGCCAACGUGCUGCAGGAGCUGCAGAUUCCCAUCAUCGCGAACGACGAGUGCCGCACGCUGUACGACAAGAUCGGGAAGGUGUUUUCGCAGAAGCAGUUCGACAACGCGGUCAUGUGUGCCGGUGUGAUCGAGGGCGGCAAGGAUUCGUGCCAGGGCGACAGUGGUGGGCCGCUGAUGUUGCCGCAACGAUUCGGUACCGAGUUUUACUACUACCAGGUCGGCAUCGUGUCGUACGGUAUCGGAUGCGCUCGUGCGGAAGUGCCCGGCGUUUAUACGCGCGUGGCCAGCUUCGUCGAUUGGAUACAGCAGAAGGUUGCGGAACCGCUGUAAGGCCCUCUGCGCUGCGUGAAGAUACUCUAUGUUUGUGUUGUUUUCUCUUACGUUUCCAAUAAAUGGUAUUAUUAGUGUUGUGAGUACAAAUGAAAA